AUGAGUAGAGAGGAGGAAGAGGCCUCCUUCAGUGUACUCAGGAUUUAGGAUGAACCAGAAGAGAGGAGGAAUGUGCCAGAAAGCUCUGGUAUUUCUUCUCCGCACAAGCAGCAAGUGCAGCACUGGCCGAGCAGUCCGUGUGGAGCACCCCAGCAGCCCCCAGGUUCCCCGGGGCAGCCAGGCUCUGUCUACCAGGAGCUGAGCAGCAUGACCCAGCAGCAGUGCCACAGAUCCCAGCUCCAGGCCACUUGGCUCCCAGAAAUGGGACCAGGAGAAGGCGAGGCCAGUGCCAGCUUCCUGCCAGGGCCCAAGUCUGGCCAGCCUUGCUCUUUGUCCCCACCAAGGGAAGAUGUCCAGUCAUUCCUCAGAGCAAUUCCUCCUGUUCCAGAUGAAGUGGUUGUCAGGCACAGGACGCCACAUAUUUCCUGGAAGGUCGGCACACUCCGCCAUGGAAAGAAAGUCUCUGCUGUUGCCAUCAGCCACUCGCCCCAUCACGUGUACACCUGUGGCUCCGGCUACAUCAGGGUGUGGGACGAGCAUGCGCUGCGUGCCUGGGACGAGGCCCCUCAGGCCCAGCUGAACUUUCAGAACCGUCAGGACUGUGUCCUCACCUGCAAGCUGUUCCCCGAUGAGCAGAGCCUGAUCACAGGGGGUGUGUCCCAGAGCCUGACCCUUUGGGACCUGGCACCCACGCCCCAAGUCAGGGCACAGCUGGCCUCCACCGGCCACAUGUGCUACUCCCUGGCUGUCUCCUCCGACGCCCAUAUCUGCUUGGCUUGUUUCAAAGGAUUUGUUGAGAUUUGGGAUUUGCACAACCAAAUCUUGAUCAGGAAGCACCAAGUCCCCCCAUAUGGGUCCCGAUGUGUUGACAUCACAGGCAAUACGUUCUGGACGGGAGGUGAAGACAACAUCCUGUAUUCUUGGGACCUGAGGAGCUACCAGAGUUUGCAGCACUAUGACUUGCAGUUCAAGAUCCUCAGCAUUACCCAUGACCCCACGGAGGAGUGGAUAUUAGUGGGCCUGAGAACUAGUGAUAUCAUGAUCCUGCACACGCGUUGGAAUGAAAAGUAUAAGGCUGUCAUACAAAAGUACAUCCACCACCACAACCUCAAAUUUGCCUCCUGUGGGAGCUAUUUUGUGGCCACACUGGACGAGUUGAUCUGUUGCUACGAGGCACCUUCUCAGCACAGGUUGUUUCAGGUAGAGGAGUCUUCAAAAAUCCUGUGUUGUGAUGUGUCUUCCGACGACCAGUAUCUGAUCACAGGCUCCAAGAACAGUGCCACAGUUUACCAGCUCUUGUACUGA